UAGGGACAGGUCAUGACACGGGUGGUCUGUGCGCACAAUAGGAACAGUUCAUGACAAGGGAUAGGCGUCUUGCAGAUGCUCAGCAGCAGGCGGCUUCCAGGGAGGUAGGCGACUUGCGGACGCUCAGCAGCAGGCAGCUUCCAGGGCCCCAGCGAUCAGCAGACAGGGCGGCUUCCCAGGGCCCCAGCGAUCAGCAGACAGGGCGGCUUCCCAGGGCCCCAGCGAUCAGCAGACAGGGCGGCUUCCCAGGGCCCCAGCGAUCAGCAGACAGGGCGGCUUCCCAGGGCCCCAGCGAUCAGCAGACAGGGCGGCUUCCCAGGGCCCCAGCGAUCAGCAGACAGGGCGGCUUCCCAGGGCCCCAGCGAUCAGCAGACAGGGCGGCUUCCCAG